GUAGAAAAUCUGUGGUUAUCAAUAUCAAUCCUUUACCCCUGUUGAUUGACAUGAGCACAAAACAGUAUAGCAACCACAGGAAGGGUGUGUUCUGCCAUGCUCUUUACCAGACCUAACCCACAGACUCAAAGCCCAUACAUUAUUCUAUAGAAGGAGUUGGCUCUCAUUCAGGGUUACUCUCUUGUUUUCAGUCCAUUUUGUUAUUCUCUUGUUUUUAGUCCAUUUGUAAAUUCAAAAAUUGAAUCAGAUGCAUGUUUUUCUCUGUAGGUGAUUUGCUCAUGAAGCAAACAUCAAUAAGAACAUAACCUGCCAUUACAGUUUUUACACCAUGUCGGGUAUACAAAUGCAAAUUUUUUUUUUGUUUUACGCAUUUUGAAUUUGCAGUCGUGAAGAACACCAAGGUAGUUCUUGCAUUCAACUGCAGAGAGCUGUUAUGGUUAGGCCAUGAAAACCAACCCAAGAUCUGCCUAUGACAUAAAUUCACCCUUUUGAGUGCUGUCCACAUCGAGGGUAAACUAAGAGAAGGGUUAGCAACGGAGUCAAGUAAUGCUAGGACCAUUUAAGAGUUGCUUUACAUGGCACUACUAGUACAUUAAAGCAAGAUAUCUAUCACGUCAAUAUCUGGCAGCAUUCUUGCGGAAUUUAAAUCUUUCAGUCUACUAUUGUUUUCGUGUCUUGUACCGUGUCUACUUUAUGUGAAGGUAAUGACAUAGUAGUAAAUGGAGAUGUAGAUAGACACAUGGAACCCGGAUGUAAAAAUUGGAGAUUAUGUGGGAUUGAUGUUUCUCACCUGAAUGUAAAAUAAUUGAUGCCAUCGUCAAUGCAUUCUUUUUUUUUUAUGUGCAAGGGUAAAUCCAAAGAAUGUUUUUUAGUUCGCUUGCGGUGAGAAUUCUGACUACAGCUCAGUGUUAAUCAUAAUACUAGUUUUGUAAUAAAGUGAAGAAAGAAAGUCUUAUAGUAGUCACUGUAAAUAAAUUAUUCUUCCAAUAUACUUACCAAAUUACAACAAAUGAACGCAUUGAACCGACAUUGUAAAUAUUAGCCAUGCAAUCAUUCUACAUUUGUAUAUAUAAGCUUCCUCUCUUUUGUAGUCUCUAAUCUGUCUGAAGAUUAUCAUUUGCUUCUUUGCAUGAAUGAACAAGGCUGUAUGUUUCUAAUUGUAUAUAUUUCUGCUAGAUGCUGAGUAUAUGCAACAUAUCAAAUAUUGAGUUAAAAAUCGAGAAAACAUAUACUGGUAUAAAGAUAUAUAUAUAUAUAUAUAUAUAUAUGUGUAUUGUUAUGAACUUACAAUGCUAUGGAAAGUUCCUCUUCAAUUGUAUUCGCAGAGAUGAGAGGUUUGAGAAAAGGUACUUGGUCUAAAGAAGAAGAUCAACUUCUCAGGAGAUGUAUAGAAAAGUUCGGCGAAGGGAAAUGGAGCCAAGUUCCUCUCAGAGCAGGACUGAAUCGAUGCGGGAAGAGCUGUAGAUUGAGGUGGUUAGACUACCUACGACCAAAUAUCAAAAGAGGAGAUUUUGAGCCAGAUGAACUGGAUCUCAUCAUUCGAAUGCAUAAGCUUCUCGGUAACAGAUGGUCAUUAAUUGCCGGUAGGCUUCCAGGAAGAACAGCAAAUGAUAUCAAGAAUUACUACAACACUCACUUGAAGAAAAAUUCUUUCUUCAAAUACCAUACUGAUCAGGAGGAACAAGUGGUAAUGGUCGAGAAUUUAGAUAAUAACAUUAAUGAUCAUUGUCCACGAGUUCCAAAACGUAAAUGCCAACUUCUUCUGGACAUCAAUAACGUAGAUGAUGGAAAUAAUGUUAAUCUUUUGAAGAUGAAGACCAAGAUUAUAAGGCCUCUACCUCGACGCUUCUCUAGAGGAGAAUGGCAGUGGAUUACAAAUAAAGCUUUACCGGAGAAUAGAACGGACAAUAUUAAUAGUGCCACAGCAGCUACAACCCCUAAUAUGGAUAGUAGUAAAAGAAGUACAAAAUUUUCUGAAGGCAUUGAUGAUGAUCACCGUACUCACUAUUUUAAUUAUGAUAAUGAUCAGGAGGUGGAUGAAGGUGGUAAUGUUGCUGACAACAACUACUGGAAUAGUUUUUAUUUGGAUCACAAUUCAGGGCAUAUGUUAGGUGAAGAACAAGAUCCAUACUUCAUCUUCUAGAAGUGAAGUAUAGAGUUAAGUGGUUAAUUUUAUUACUAAAUGAAAAAGAGCCAAAAAAGCACCAUUAUAGAAAAACCCUUUCCUGUUUCUGGAGCCUUUUCCUUUUUAAGAAAAAUUCUGGUAACGGUGCAGCAGAAUCAAAAAAAUAUAGCAGAAUCAAAAAAAUAUGUAGGAAUUAUCAAUAGGUACUAUUACAGUGGUCUUAGUUAGUGGCAGGUCCAUCCACUAAAGUCCAGUAAUUGGAGGUCCAUAAUAAAAAGAAAACAACAAAAUUGGACCUAAAAUUUUAUCCCCUGGUCUUGUACACGUGUGGAACAUAUGAGGACGUAUUUUUAAAUACCGAAAACACCCUUAAGUAUAUAACAACAGUAACCAAAUCCAUUUUUUCUUCAUUUCCUCGUUCUAUUCUUUUUCUUCUUCAUUUUCUCAUAUGUGCUUUGGUGAAGAGCUCCGGCUAUGAAGAUCUCCUGAGGUAUCUUGUUCAAUAUGUCUACUGUUAAGAAGAGUGUUGGCGCUUUGGGAGGACGUGGUCCAAUGGGAGUGGAGCACUAGAGAGAUCCUGUUUUUUGUAGUAUAUGAAUUUUUACAUAUAUGUAGUGAAAAAUUUCAUUUUAACCCGUUUCUUUUAAGUACAUCAUAUAUGUACUGCUGAAUUAUAUUGUAAAAAACAACUAAAGUAAGUGAUGAACUUACGCAAAUAAUGAAAUUUAACCUGCAAGCAGUGUAGCAGAUAUGUACCCAAAUUAUGUAAGCAGUGUAGUAGAUAUAUACUCAAAUUAUGUAAGCAGUGUAGCAGAUAUGUACUCGAAUUU